AUGUUUAUCGUUACAAUGGCCAUAGACACACUCCCACAUUAUCAAAGGCUCUUGGAGCUGGAAAAACAAGCUCCCUUCCCAUUAAGUGAUUCUUUCCUUGAGAAUACCGAAUUUGAUUCAAUUUCAUUAAGGACAUUUACUGAUCCUUACCCGCUAAUAGUAGGAAAACCUCAAACUUAUGCUUUUGAAGCAAACUUUAUGUGCUCAGAGUUGGAAUUUGAAGAUACGUUUGAAAAAUCUUCUCAAGUCUACCUCAAUGCAGAUUUCGAAUACUUUCUCAUGAAAUUAAAUGAGAUCAAAGAGUAUAGCAAAUUAUUGACUCAAGCUAGGAAACGAUUCAAACCAACUAUUCCUGAAAAACAUCAAUGGUUUAGAUUCGGCGGAUCGAGUGUUUGGUUGCCCAAUCUUGGUGUUCAUUAUAUGGUUAGUAGAGUCUUGUAUUCUCCGCUGGGGAUCCCCAACAAAGCAUAUGUUUCUUUUUUGUAUAUUCAAAUAUUCGACCAAAAUUGGAAAGAGUUACCAAAGGGCACAAAAUUUACCAUACCUUUUGAAGAGAGGAAAACCUUGUACCAUACGAAUAUAGAUGGCACUUUCCAAACUUAUCAAAGUGACCCAAAAUUAAAUUUCAAGGUUGUUGAGUAUCCUCAAGUCUUGCCAAUCCCAAUCGAUUAUUCCUUGCAUACGUCGAGCGGAAAGUACUAUUAUGGACCAGAAGACCCCAGGAUUAUACUACGUUCCAACCCCUUUGGGUUUGACGAGCCUUUGAUUGUAUUUAAUAUGAAAGAUUUGAAGUUGGCAAAAAGAACAAUGUUUCGAUAUUUGCCCUUUUCCAACAAUCUUCAAGUCUUUCGGAAACGAAAUGAACCAUAUGCUUAUAUCGAGAAAAAUUGGACCCCCUUUCUCACCCCUUUACCGUUGGCAAACCUCCCUGCUGCUAUAAUCAAUCAGCUCAACAUUCCUUCAAAUAGACAAGUAUACCUCGGUUGGGCAAGAGCCCAUUUGAAUAAUUGUGGAUGUGGUGAGUCCAUGUAUCGACCAAAUAUGGUUUUAUUAGUUGAAGAUUAUGACAAAGAAAGUGACAAGUUUUAUUACAAGAUGGGUGAUGUCUCCUCGUAUUUCGAUUUUGGAGCACAUGUGCCGCCAUGGAGUGAUCACAGUCAAGUUGAUCAAGGAACAGGAGAUGAAGCUAGUAUCGAGAAUUUGCAGUGUCAUGGGAGAAACGUCCUCAUACCAAACUCAAUUGCAUAUUGGGAAAUAUCGAGUGUGCUGAAGAAUGAUAAAACGUAUUACCACUUCAAGGAUCUCACCGUUUCCAGUGCAGACGCCUUAUUGUUUAACGAUUACAUGGGCGUGACACUUUCAGGAGCAGAUCAGGAUGUGUCGAUAGUUCAUCUUCGAGGAUUACUAAACUACGUGAUUAAACUACCUAGCUUAUUUGAUGAGGAGACCGUGGUUAGUCUGAACGAUGGGUUGUUACUUCGUGGCUCAGACUGGAAUAACAAAUGUGCUAUGUAUUCAAGUAAAGAGUUUUGUAAGGAGUACGGUUUGAGAUAUGGAGGGGGCAACACUGACUGA